GCUGAGCCUCGGUCCCGUGGGGCCGUCCCGUUUCAGUACUACUGCUGCAAGAAGGAUGAGUCUGAGGAGGAUGAGGAAGAGCCCGACUUCGCCGUGCACUCCCACAUCCCUCCGCUCCACUGCAACCGCAACGUAGUGCUGACCAACGGCCCGUCCCUCUACACCUCGUCCCCCUUCGGCAAGAAGCCAACACCGAGCCGGCCCGGCUGCCCCGGCUGCGCACCGUACGAGCCCCCCACCUUCUUCCUGCAGGAGCCCCCCGAGGAGCUGCACAACGGGGGUGACCGGGUGAGCUACAAGACGGUGAGCCAGGAAGAUCUCGAUCUGCCGGUAAGCGUGGCCAACCUGCAGGCACUCAACCCCAACCGGCUCUCGGCCAUGCGGGAAGCCUUCUCCCGCAACAGCAUAAGCACCGAUGUGUGAG